CAGGAGCCUUAUAACAUCUAAGAUGUGAACAGUGUCUUGUGCUGAUGCUCUGGACGACAUCAGAAGCUCGAUCAACAUAGCGCUUGAUUGCUCUCGUGCCAACCACCUCGACCGCCCCUUGUUUCGCGGAUCACUCGUGCUGUCUACAGUAUGGGUUUCAAUGCCUCGCUGAUGUGGAGGAGCCCGGAGGUCAACCCUAUCAAUCACAAAGCUCGAUCGAUACCAGUUCUCAACCCCAUCGACCAAUAUGGCCGUGUCUUCUUCUUCUCGUGGUUUGGCUUUCUGGUAGCAUUCUGGUCUUGGUACGCGUUUCCACCUCUUCUGCACGAUAUCAUCAAAGCGGACCUCAACCUCACUCAGGCACAAGUGAGCAAUUCGAAUAUCGUCGCGCUAUGUGCUACACUCGUGGUACGACUCAUCGCUGGCCCGGCGUGUGAUCGUUUUGGACCUCGAAAGACAUUUGCAGGAUGUCUGCUCAUCGGCGCCAUCCCGACCUUCCUCGCAGGGACAGCCUACAAUGUGCAUCAGCUGUAUGCCGUACGCUUCUUCAUCGGAAUUCUUGGUGGAAGUUUCGUGCCUUGCCAGGUCUGGACAACGGGCUUCUACGACAAGAAUGUUGUCGGCACUGCCAAUGCUCUGACCGCCGGGCUGGGUAACGCUGGUGGUGGUAUCACAUACUUCCUCAUGCCCGCCAUAUACGAGAGCCUCGUGAAAGAUGGACUAUCAGGACAUGUCGCUUGGCGAGUAGCAUUCGUCGUGCCGGGCAUUGUCAUCGUCGUCGUGGCCCUCGCCCUCCUACUGCUGUGCCAGGAUUCGCCAACAGGACACUGGUCUACACGCCUGCAAGCAACCCCGACGACCAAGUUUGAACAACCCAUGAUCGUCAAUGUUCCAGGAACCAUCACUCCAACACCUAAGACUCCAGCUUCCGCUCGAUCUGCGAACAUCAAGGACGAGAAAUCCCAACAAUCGUCCCGCCGACCCUCCCACGAUAUCGAAGCCGGAGCUCAAUUCAACCUCACCGCGGUCAACGAAAUCAUUCAAAAGCCAUCACUCAGCCAAAUCGCUCGUAUAGCGCUCUCGCCGCAGACCCUCGUCCUCGGCGCAGCUUACUUCUCCACCUUCGGCGGCGAACUCGCCAUCAACAGCAUUUUGGGAACCUACUACGGAAAGCAAUUCCCAGAUCUCAACCUCCAAACCUCAUCCAACUGGGCCGCAAUGUUCGGUCUCAUGAACGUUGUCUUCCGCCCCCUUGGCGGCGUUGUCUCCGAUUACGCUUACCGCUACACAAAUCAAAGUGUCUGGUCGAAGAAGAUUCUACUGCACAGCUACUGCAUCAUUGCAGGAGCCUUCCUGGUCGCCAUCGGAUUGACAGAUCAGCAUUCUCUCGGUUCGUUAGUCUGCCUCGUGGGCAUCGGAAUGGCAUUCUUCCUGGAAGGUGCAAACGGCCUAAAUUUCUCCCUUGUGCCACACGUCUUUCCGCAAUCGAACGGUGUGGUGUCAGGGUUCACGGGCGCAGCAGGAAACCUGGGAGGUGUGAUCUUCGCGAUCAUUUUUAGAUACAGUGGGACAGAUUACGGGCGGGCGAUUUGGACUAUUGGAGUGAUUAUUAUGAGCUUGAACGUGGCAACGUGCUGGAUUAAGCCUGUGCCGAGGGAGUCCGAAGAAGCGGGCAAAUGAGCAUAUACAAUUCGUGGAACAAAAGUUCAUUGCGGGUUUCGGUUAUUGUUUUGGAGUUUGAGCGUAGCAAGAGAUACCAUGAUAGAAUGAUGGGCUGUGAUGAGUACACGAAAAUGCUACGAUAGUUAUGAGGCGAAUCUAAAAUUUGCUCUCGUAGAUGGCAAAGGUUUUCUCGGAAGACUCCAUUCUUUCCUUCCCCGGUGCAAAGCAGCCGCUCUCGAGGAGGAACUCUGGCUUUCUGGGCUGAGCGACGCUCUUGCCCUCAGAGACGGCUCGAGGUGAUCCGGAGAUCGUCUUUGAGCACGGAGAAGGCAGAACCACG